AAAAAAAAGGAGAGAGAGAGAGCUUGUAUUGUAACCACCCUACAAAUGGGCCCUUCUCCUUUCAUCACCACUCCAUUCCCUCUUCCAUGGCUUCUCUCUUUCAUUUCCUCUCUCUGACUCUCUCCUUCCUUCUCCCCCUCCAUGCCAAUGCAAUCCAAUCCCCAAAGGCUUAUGUUGUCUAUAUGGGGAGUUCUACUAACACUAAUGGAGAAGCGGAUCACUUGCAAAUGCUAUCUUCUAUUAUUCCAAGCCAUGACAGUGAGAGAUUAUCCUUAAUCCACAGCUACAAUCAUGCUUUCAUGGGAUUCUCUGCAAUGCUCACAGACAAAGAAGCUGCAGUUUUGUCUGACCGUGCCGGAGUUGUGUCGGUCUUCCCGGACCCAGUUCUUCAGCUUCACACAACACGUUCGUGGGAUUUCCUAGAAGGCGGCCCCGCCGGUGUGCUACUUAAGCAUGGGCACCUGCCGGUCUCCGGCGACGUCAUAGUCGGAGUCAUCGACACUGGGAUCUGGCCCGAAUCACCAAGCUUCGAUGACAUGGGGAUUGGAGCGAUCCCAUCAAGAUGGAAAGGAAUUUGCAUGGAAGGAUCUGAUUUCAAGAAAUCUGAUUGUAACAGGAAGCUAAUAGGCGCCAGGUACUACAAUUCUCAAGUGGGCCAGGCUCAGUACAAAAAGCCCGUUGGAUCGCCACGAGAUGCAGUGGGCCAUGGGACCCACACGGCAUCGACGGCUGUCGGAGCUCCAGUCCACAAUGCCAGCUACUAUGGGCUUGCACAAGGGGUUGCAAGGGGUGGUGCACCAGCUAGCAGGCUGGCCGUUUAUCAAGCAUGCUCACUUGGAGGGUGUAGUGGGUCCACCAUACUUAAGGCCAUUGAGGAUGCUAUCAAAGAUGGGGUUGAUAUAAUCUCAAUUUCAAUUGGUAUAAGUUCCAUUUUCCAAUCAGAUUUCUUGAGUGAUCCGAUCGCCAUCGGCGCGUUCCAUGCGAGCCAGAUGGGGGUCAUGGUGGUCUGUUCGGGUGGGAACGAUGGGCCCGAUCCAUUCACCGUGGUCAAUUCCGCUCCGUGGAUCUUCACUGUCGCUGCGUCGAACAUCGAUCGAGAUUUCGAGUCCAGCAUUGUUCUUGGCAAUGGAGUUGUUUAUAAGGGGUCUGCCAUAAAUUUCUCUAAUCUCACUCGAUCAAAAUCAUAUCCGCUCUCGUACGGUCGAGAUGUUGCUGCAAAAUCCGUACCUGAAUCCGAAGCAAGCAAUUGCGAACCUGGAUCACUGGACCCGAAUAAAGCCGCCGGGAAAAUAAUCGUCUGUGUGGACAGCGAUCAAACAGUGCCAAGGCGUGUGAAGCGAUUAGUGGCAGAUGCUGCCCGAGCUAAAGGGUUAAUCCUGAUCGAUGAGGCCGAGAAAAUGGUGCCGUUCGAUUCCAGCGAUUUUCCGUUAUCGGAGGUCGGCGACUUCGACGGUUAUCGGAUACUUAAGUACAUGAAUUCUACUAAGAAUCCGACGGCUACGAUUCUUCCAACCACUGUAGUAUCAGCGGUCAAACCAGCACCGGUCGUGGCCUCUUUCUCGUCUAGAGGCCCAGGAGCUCUCACAGAGACCAUUCUCAAGCCCGACGUAACGGCGCCCGGAGUCGCCAUUCUGGCAUCAACUAUUCCGGCGACCGACGGCAUUCCGGCAGGGAAGAAAGGGUCCACAUUCGGCAUUAGAUCUGGGACGUCGAUGGCGUGUCCCCACGUUACGGGUGCGGCCGCGUACUUGAAAUCAGUCCAUCCAAAUUGGACCUCUUCCAUGAUCAAAUCGGCCCUUAUGACAACAGCCACCUUAUCCAACAACAGAGGGAGGCCCCUAACAAAUAGCACAGGCGCCUAUGCAAACCCACAUGAGAUGGGAGCAGGACAAAUCAACCCAAUCAGGGCCAUUGAUCCUGGCCUAGUCUUUGAGACCACCACCAAAGACUACCUGUAUUUCCUCUGUUACUAUGGUUAUAAAGCUCCACUCAUAAAGUCCAUUUCGGGCACCAACUUCACUUGCCCAUCUCCUUCUUCUGAGGACCUCAUCUCCAACCUCAACUACCCCUCCAUCUCCAUCAACACCAUUUACGGGCAGGGCCCGCCUGUGGCGGUCACUCGGACCGCAACGAACGUGGGCCAUGUGAACUCAACUUAUGUUGCUAGGAUCAGCGCUCCACCCGAGCUAGUGGUCAAGGUGUCACCCCAAAGGCUCGUGUUUUCAGAGUGGUCCACGAAGGUGUCGUUCGACGUCAUGUUCGGUAGCAACGGGACCAAGAAGGGGUAUAUGUAUGGGUCCGUGAUCUGGUCUGAUGGGGCGCACCUUGUUCGGACAGUGUUUGCAGUUAAUAUUGUAUAGUUUGAGACUUUUAUUUUAGAAAAAAUUAAAUUAAGCAUAUACGAAAAUAAAUACCCCCUUUUGUACGUAUAUGUACCACAUUGUAUACGUUGUCGAUCCCUUAUAAAUGAGAGAAA